AUGGCCGUCUAUGAAACUACAUUCUUCUCAGACAUUCCAUCAAACACCUUGCGAACGUCACCAAUCUUUCCACAUUUUCCGUACAUAUCAACCAAACAGGAAGGGAUUGAUAGGGACUAUGAUGAUUGUGAGAAAAAUGAUGAGGUUGAGAAAGAAGUCGAUCCAAAUGACUUAGAGAAGUUGGAUGACUCGUCUACUGACGAUGAUAGCGAUGGCAGUAAGAAAGAUGAGCUGUAUAAACAACCACCAGCUGGUUAUGAAAGUGGGAGUGAGAGUGGUGAAGAUGAUGAGGGCAGAAGGGUUAGAGCUGCCAAAGGGAAGGGGAAACAAGUGUCUCCAUCAUCGAGAAAAGGGCCCAGCACAAGCAGGCCAGGAAGACAGCCCAAUAAAUCUAGGCCUGCUAGGGAUCCCAGCAUGAGGCCAGCCAUUGCAGAGUAUGUCAGUGAUGCAGACACAGAUCAUGAGGACAUUGUGUUUGAGUACGAGUUUGAAGAGCUGCAUACUCCUGUCUCAUUGGAGGAUGAAGGGAACAAACCACACUGGCCUGAAUUUGAUGAACAAUAUGGCUUUGGAGAAGGCAGAUUUGAUCUAGGCACAAGAUUCGCUACAAUAGAGAGGUUCAAGAAGGUUGUGAAGGAUUCAUUUAUUACUGAGGGGAGGGAGUUGGUCUGGAUUAAAAAUGAUAAGGAAAGGGUUAGAGUUGGCUGCAAGAGUGAGAAUUGUCCCUGGAUUGCUCACCUCUCAUACAAUAAACAGCUGCAGUGUUUCCAAGUGAAAAGUUAUAGGAGUGAACAUACGUGCGCAAGAGAUCUGGGAAGCAAUGCAGCUGACCAACACUGGAUCAGCAAAAAAGUGGAGAAAAAGAUGAUCACUCAUCCCCACAUGAACACACAUGAGGCUAUUGAUUUUUUAAGAGAAGAAUUUGAUCUAGUUCUACACCCUAAAAUGGUUUACAGAGCUGUGAAGGAAGCCAAAGACAAGAUCAUGGGCAAUGAGAUAGAACAGUAUGGGAAUCUGAGGGACUAUCUAAUGGAGAUACAUAGAAGCAAUCCAAGGUCUACUGCCUUGCUGGACGUUAUUUUCCAGCCACAAGCACCCGCAACAUUCGACAAAAUGUAUAUAUGUUUCGACGCCUGCAAGAUGGGAUUUAAGAGUGGAUGCAGGCCGUUGAUUCAUUUGGAUGGAGCAUUCCUCAAGACCUAUCAUGGGGGCCAAUUGCUGUCUGCUGUGACACAAGAUGCUAAUAAUCAGUUUUAUGUGAUUGCCUAUGCUGUGGCAAGGUCUGAAUCAAAAUAG